UAAAGAAAAGUCAAAAGUAAGGGAUCAAAGAAAAACAUCAAAGGUCAGAGCUUCUUCGUAUUCCGUCCUCCCUUCAAUGGCUUCUGCAUACGAAGCGGAAUCUUUCACUAACGUUAUCUCCUAAACCCUUUUGAUUUUAUCGAGUUCUUGGGUCCCAGACAAAGCCCUAGGAAGAUAGAGACUUUCUCUCGUUUUCUCGGAAAAUUUUCUUCAGCACGCGCUUCUGCUCCGUCCCCUUUUGCCCAGAAUUCGAUCCAGUGUGCCGCGCUCCGUAGUUUGCUUCAGGAAAUCAGAAAGUUUCUUCCUUUUUCUGCGGGUUGAUUCUGUAAUAGAAUCGUGUUUGACUAUGCACAGAUCUGGUGCUGCAAUGGCGUGGAACGUUUUCAAAUUCUGCACGGCCUUACGGGGCCUUGGAUCCAUCAUGAUCCUUCUUGUUCUGGGCGUUGUCGGUGUGACCUAUUACGCCGUCGUUUGGAGCAAUUACGGACCGGCUCUGUUCGAUGGCGGGCUUGAUUCUCUCGUGGCUCUUGGUAUUCUAAUCAUGUUUCAUUCUUUGUUAGUGAUGCUUUUGUGGAGCUAUUUCUCUGUUGUGUUCACUGAUCCUGGUGCCGUGCCUCCUAACUGGAGGCCUUCUACCGACGAAGAAAGAGGCGAGGCUGAUCCAUUGAACAGUUUGGAGUUCGGCGGCUUACAACCUGACUCUUCAAACCAGAGACUCCGGUUUUGUAGAAAGUGCAGUCAGCCGAAACCUCCUCGUUGUCAUCAUUGUUCCGUUUGUGGCCGGUGUGUGUUGAAGAUGGACCACCAUUGUGUUUGGGUGGUUAACUGUGUCGGGGCCCUGAACUAUAAGUAUUUCCUUCUUUUCUUGUUCUACACGUUCUUGGAGACGGCUCUUGUGACUUUGGUCCUAAUGCCGCAUUUCGUAGCAUUUUUUAGCGACGAAGAGAUACCGGGAACCCCAGGAACUCUUGCAACUACUUUUCUUGCAUUUGUCUUGAACUUGGCAUUUGCCUUGAGUGUAAUGGGGUUCUUAAUCAUGCACAUCUCACUGGUUGCUGCCAAUACCACAACCAUAGAGGCAUAUGAGAAGAAGACCAGUCCGAAAUGGCGGUAUGACCUCGGGAGAAAGAAGAACUUUGAACAGGUAUUUGGGAUGGAUAAGAGAUACUGGCUCCUUCCUGGUUACUCAGAAGAAGAUCUAAGGCGAAUGCCGGAACUGCAUGGACUCGAAUUCCCCUCAAGACCCGACUUUGAUUCCGAAUAGCUCCGAAGAAAGACAGCAUUCCCUGGUUGGUAGUAAAGACAUGGCAGGAAAUCUCCUCUGCUGCAGCAAUUCUUGGUGAGACACAGAUUGUAAAGGAGUGAAGCCCGGAAAACGACAUCCACAAAAGAGAAGAUAUGCUAACUCUGUAGACUGAUGCCCGCGUUCCACGCUCAGAGAGGGUCGAGCAUGUUCGCCGGAAGAAGGCUUGGCCUGGGAAAUGAAGCCAUUCAUUUCAAGCUUUCAUGGCUGCCCAUUGUUUCCUUUGGUCUUGAAAUAGUUGAAAUGACCCUUUUAUACCCUUUGGAGAUGUAGAGCCAACUCUUGUGUAACUUGGAACGAGAAAAGGUAUUGUCUGAAUUUUGAUCCUUCGAUCGGUCUCGAGCCCA